CUUCCAGUAAUUCGCCAAGAUGACGAACACAAAGGGAAAGAGGCGAGGUACCCUGUACAUGUUCUCCAGGCCUAUCAGAAAACAUGGAGUUGUUCCUUUGGCCACAUACAUGCGCAUUUACAAGAAAGGUGACAUUGUGGACAUCAAGGGAAUGGGUACUGUUCAAAAAGGAAUGCCCCAUAAAUGUUACCAUGGAAAAACUGGAAGAGUCUACAAUGUUACCCAGCAUGCUGUUGGCAUUGUUGUAAACAAACAAGCGAAGGGCAAGAUUCUUGCCAAGAGAAUAAAUGUGCGUAUUGAACACAUUAAGCACUCUAAGAGCCGAGAUAGCUUCUUGAAACGUGUGAAGGAAAAUGAUCAGAAAAAGAAGGAAGCCAAAGAGAAGGGUACCUGGGUUCAACUAAAGCAUCAGCCUGCUCCACCCAGGGAAGCCCGCUUUGUCAGAACCAAUGGAAAGGAGCCUGAGUUGCUGGAACCCAUUCCUUAUGAAUUCAUGGCAUGAUAAAUGUAAGAUAAAUAAAUAAGACCUAAU